AGUGACCAGAAUAAAAACAGCAACACCAGACACAGGAGAGAGAGAGAAAAAAAGCGCAAUGAUCCAUCGAAACGCAGACUUUGCCCUUUCUUAAUUACGUUGCAUCCAGUGUCUUUGCAUUCUCCCCCCCCACCGCCUCCCUUCCUUUUUUCCCCCCUUUUCCGAGACGUUUGUGAAGUGGUAAUUAGCUCUAGGAGAAUAAAACCAGCUGAUUUGGAUCGGGCUGGUGCAUUUUGGGGCGAGAUGGCUAACAGGAUGGUUGCGCUGCUGCUUCUCGGCUCGCUGCUGCUCACCCUGCUGCAGCCUUCCCUACAGGGAGGAGUGUAUGUGCCUGCUGGUACAGGAGUCGGAAUUCCAGGUGGAGGUGUGCCACCAGGUACUGGAUUUUUCCCAGGAGCUGCUGGGGUCCCAUUCAAACCGGCCAAAACUGGAGCAGGUGGAAUCGGGGCUGGCCUUGGCGCUGGUGGACUUGGUGCUGGAUUAGGGGCAGGAGGUCUUGGUGCAGGAGCUGCAGGAAAGGCGCCUAAACCAGGUUAUGGAAGCUUAGGAGCAGGUGGCCUGGGCACUGGAGGAUUCAGACCUGGAGCUGGUUAUGGUGGAUAUGGAGUUAUUCCUGGAGCAGGAGUUGGAGGACUGAAGCCUGCAAAAGGUGCCGUAGGCCUCAAGCCUGGGAAAGGAGGGCCAGGUACUGGAGGGACGGUAUUAGGUCCUGGCACUGGUGGCACCGUACCUGGCAGUGGGCCUGCACUCCCUGCUGGAGCUCCAGUCAUUCCUCAGACUGGUCUCCCAGGUGUGGGUCCUGGUGGGAAAGCUGCAAAACCAGGAAAGGCACCAGUGCCAGGAGUAGGAGUGCCUGGAGCCUUUCAAGGUGGAAUUCUGCCUGGACAAGGGUUUACUGGCCUAGGUGUGCUUCCAGGUGUAGCAACAGGAACUGGGCUUAAACCAAAGCCAGGUGUUGGUGGUGGGCCAGGCCUGAUGCAACCAGGGGUCUUUCAUGGAUACCCUCUCAAAUCUCCAAAAACCCCAGGUGGAUCCCCUUAUGCUGGAGGCAAAGUUCCAUAUGGUUAUGGUGGCUUUGGUACUGGUGCAGGAUUACCUGGUGGCAAAGGAGGAGCUGGCGCUAAGCCAGGCUACCCCACUGGCACUGGUAUGGGGAGCUUAGGUGUCUCAGCUGCACAGGCCAAAGCUGCUAAGUACGGCCCUGGAGCUGGCACAGUUGGGGUGGGAGGUGUACCCGGAGCUGGCUUAGGUGGGGUUGGAGGUGUACCAGGAGCUGGUGGACUUUACCCAGGUGUUGGAGGUGUAGGUGGUCUUUCACUAGCUCAAGCCAAGGCUGCUAAAUAUGGUACUGGUGCUGGAUUAGGUGGCGCUGGAACUGGUGCUGGUUUAGGUGGUCUUGGUGGUGUAGGACCUGGAGGAGUUUACCCUGGAACAGGAGUAGGUGCAGGAGGACUCACCCCUGCUCAGGCUAAAGCUGCUAAAUAUGGUGCUGGAGCUGGUUUAUUCUUGGGAGGUGUAGGUGGAGUACCAGGAGUUUACCCUGGUGUAGGAGGUACAGGCUUUGUACCAGGAACUGGAGUUUUUCCUGGAGCAGGAGGUCUUACACCUGCCCAGGCCAAAGCAGCUAAAUAUGGUGGACUUGGAGCUGGCUUGGGUGGUGGUGCUGUACCAGGUGCUGGAGGAGUUUUACCUGGAGCAGGUCUCUCACCUGCUCAAGCAAAAGCAGCAGCUAAAUAUGGUGCUGGAGCUGGUACUAGAGUGGGUGGUCUUGGUGGAGUAGCAGGAUUAGGAGGCCAAGCAGGAUACGCUGCUGCAAAAGCUGCAAAAUAUGGAGCUGUGCCAGGUGCUGUACCAGGAGCUGUGUCAGGUGCUGUACCAGGAGUUGUGCCAGGUGCUGUACCAGGAGUUGUACCAGGUGCUGUGCCAGGAGUUGUGCCAGGAGUUGUGCCAGGUGCUGUGCCAGGAGCUGUGCCAGGAUAUCUUGCUGGUGCUAAAGCAUUGAAAUAUGGUGUGCCAGGAGCUGUGUCAGGUGCUGUACCAGGAGUUGUUCCAGGUGCUGUACCAGGAGUUGUGCCAGGUGCUGUGCCAGGAGCUAUACCAGGAGCUGUGCCAGGAUAUCUUGCUGGUGCUAAAGCACUGAAAUAUGGUGUGCCAGGAGGUUUGCCAGGAGUUGUGCCAGGUGCUGUACCAGGAGUUGUGCCAGGUGCUGUACCAGGAGUUGUGCCAGGGGCUGUACCAGGAGUUGUGCCAGGGGCUGUACCAGGAGCUGUGCCAGGAUAUCCUGCUGGUGCUAAGGCACUGAAGUAUGGUCCUGGUGCUGCUGGUUAUGGAGUUCUUGGUGGAUUGCUACCUGGAGGAGGGGCUGGUACCGUGCAAGGAGUUGUUGGAGGAACAGGUGGAAUCCCAGGAACGGCCACAGGAGUUGGAACAUAUCCUGGUGGAGUUAAGCCUCCUAAAUAUGGAGUUGUAGGAGGACCAGGGGGAGUACCAAUACCUGGAACAGUGACUGGAAUUGGAACUGGAGUAUAUCCUAGUGGAGUUAAGCCUCCUAAAUAUGGUACAGGGACUGUACUAGGAACAGGAGUAGCACCGUUGCCUGGAACUGGGACUGGAGGAGUACCAUUGCCUGAAACUGGAGGAUAUCCUGGUGGAGUCAAACCUCCUAAACCUGGUGUACCAAGCACUGGCAUUACUGGAACAGGUAUUUCGGUACCCGCAGCCACACCUGGUGUGGGUGUUUUGCCAGAUGGAACUGGACUCAUUGUUCCAAGUGGCACGCGUUUGCCUGAGAAACCAGCAAAGGUCCCAACUCUGCCCCCUGGUGGAACUAUUGGUCCUGGACCGACGGCUAGUGUUGAAACUGGCAAGGCCAUUAAGCCCAGCACAGGUGAAAUACCUCAAGCUGGUGUUCAGCCUGGUACUCUUGUUAAACCUCCAAAGACUGGCGCAGCAGGUCCAAUCCCAUAUGGUGGCUAUGGUCCUUAUGGCGUCGCUCCAUUAGGAACUGGAGUUCUCCCAGGAGCCAAACCAAUUACAGCACCAGGUGUGAGAUAUCCUACUGGUGUUGGCCUUGGACCAGGUGGAGCUGGUGUUAAACCAGCCAAACCAGGUGCCGUCGCUCCAGGAACUUAUGGAGGCUAUCCACAGGCUUAUCCAGGAGGAUAUGUGCCCGGCCUGACACCUCAACAAGCUAAAGCUGCCAAAUAUGGAACACUUCAGGGAUUCCUGGGUGGAGGCUACAGAGGUGGCGCAGCUUGCCAAGGCAAAUACUGUGGCAGGAGGAGAAAGUAAACACUCUCUUGGGAUGUGAAAUGACCUCAAGAAACAAUGGUGCUACUGCAUGAUCUAGAAUGUACAUUUGAUAUGCAAAAACAAUCCUAUCAUGUACAAAAAUAUGUUUUAUACCUACAUUAAAUGUUUUUUUUUUUUUACAAACCCAAAGAGAAGCUGAGGAAACAGGAUGAACAUUACAGCUGUUCAUGUGAAAUUCCAACAUGUUGCUGAUGUCUCUUUUUGUAGAUAGGGACACCAAAUCAAGAAACUAAUAACCAGGUUCACUAUUUGUCAUUGUAGACCUUGAGGCACUAAUUUCUCUUUUUUCUCAAGAUUUUGAAAGACAAAAGCCAUGAUAUUUCCCUUCUGAUGGUGGUGGCAAUGGUUGAUAGACCUUGUGUAACAGAAUUGGUUUAUAAUUUUGCAUUAUCUAAUGCUCUUUAUUCUUGUUUGUUCAUAUUUAUAGGUGAUGGACUUUUGUGCCUAAAUAAAAAAAACGGUUUAUCAAGUACCUCUGUGGAGACUCCUGUGCUCCAAACAAGUCAAAAACAUUCAAACAAAGCAUCAGCGGUGAUAUUUUUUGUAAAUAGGCCUUUCCAAACUUUUUAAAACUUAUAUUGGAUAUUGGUCUCUAUUGGCAUUAGGGUUGUGAAGCUAUUUCAGUCAUAAUUCCAUCCAGUGGUCAUGAAGAAUCCUACAGAAUGUGACUCUGGGGACAUGUAUCCUCGUAUUUCAUCCAUAUCGUUUACAGUAAAUCAGAGUCCUGAUCUAAAAGCAGGUCAAAAUCUCAAUGAUUUCUGGGUACAAAAACAUCAGCAGUUGUCAACAAUGUUGAAUAUGAUUGAGGCUGUAUCGUGCAUACUUUAGCUCAGCUAUGAAACAGUUCUGCAAAAGACCUAAUGGCAUGUGAAAAGUGUUGAAAAGUGUUUCGAGGCAUCUGAUAAGAUCCACUGUAUCGUCUCGUCCAUUUUUGCAAAUUACAUUAUAUAUGAAGAGCUGACUUGCUAAGAUAAUGUUGCUACGAUGCAAAAGUGAAAGACAUAUGCAUUUUUAUCAAUUAACAAAAAAUUCAAUUUACUGAAAAAGAAAUAAUAGUGCUGAUUUUACAAUAGACUAGUUUUGAACCUGAAACAAAUGACACUUCUAACAUUCCUUAAACAUGUGGAAUUGGUGCUUCCAUCAUUUGAUCUACAGAUGUUUAACCCCUUUAUAUUCAAAGAAUUAGCUAUUAUAUAUCGUAUGCAUACAAUAUGAUGGCUCAUGUAACUGCAGGUUAAUUUGCUUUGUUGCUGUUUUUGUUUGCACCAUGUGAACUUGACCUUGACAUUAUUACCAAGUUUGUACACAUGAUAACAAAAUAUUGUUUUCUGUUUUGUUUUGCUUUCAGUAGCUUAUGCAUUUUAGUCACUGUGGAAAUCUGUAAUACUGUAGAAGAUUUUUUUAAGAUGUGAGCUGUGUGUCUGAGAGCUAAAGUGUGUGUGUGUUUGUGUGUGUAUGUGUGUUUGUAUGUGUGUCUGUGAUAAUCCCUGGUGUGUGUUGUUAUGUCUAUAUUUUGUCUAAUUGACUAAGCUUCUCUUAAUAAGCGUCACUAGCCAGUGUAUUACCCAUCUAAUAUUAAAUGAGUUCUUCUUAAUGAUUAAUAUUUCAUGUCAUUGGUAACAUGUACUGUUUCGAAUUGAUCUGAAAUGUGUUUUUCCUACCUGGUGCUGUAUUUGACCUGUCUGUGGUCAUAUAAGUCUAAUGUGCCGUGGCAUUUCCAUCUAAUUUAACUAAAGGGGUAGGGCUAUUGCACUUUUUCCCACGGUGCACAUUUGACUUGUUCCAGGAAAUCUGGGCCUUUUUACUGCUUUAGUGAAAACGAAAUAAACCGUUCUGAAAUGAAAAAGAAAA